GAAAACAUUGUAAUAUCUCUUUAAACUGCGAACGUGGUAUUGAGUGCGACUUUAAAUCCGCGUGGGACUGAUAUUCCAGAUGAGUGUGACGCAGGGCUUUCUCGUUAAGCUAAUGGACUGAUCUGAGGUCUGAUACACAUCGGAUCACUUACAGAUCCCAGGUGAAAGCGCUUGACGCGUUUAUGUUCCGCGUGACUCGCGGUUUUCUGUGAAGGCGCGUGGAGAUGAAAGCUUGCUGAUAUACAGAGCGACUCGUUAUGGUGAAGGCGGAUUCGCGUUGUCGACGCGCCGCGGCGUACGCGUGUUUGAUAAACAUAAUGUAAAAACCGAGCCUCAGGUGAAACAUCUGAUGCUGCGAGUCUGAUAACAUUCAUCUCCAUCAGUGCUGCUGUACCUGUGAAGAAGAAGAUGAUGAUGAUGAUGAAAGGAUCCGCGAAUAUGUGAUGAAGAUGAUGUUUAUGGUCUGUGAUUAUUUUUCUGCAUCUCUGUUGAAGAUGAUGUUGUGUUUGUGAAGAUACUUGUGGAUUGAUCUGUGAUGAUGAAGAUGAUGUUUGUCUAUGGACUGUGAUGAAGAUGAUGUUUAUGGUGACUGGAGCGGUUCUGGUUCUGUUUUGGUGUUUUCCAGGCCAUCGUGUGCGUGUCCGACAUGAACGCGCUUCUGGACCGAUUUCACAACUUCAUUCUGCCGCGCAUGCGUGGACCUGAGCGCGUGUGUCACUGCUCGUGCGGCAGGCAUCACGUGGAGUAUGUGAUCCCGUACGAGGGAUCCGUCUCGGGGGAAUCCAUAAGUUCCUCCACGAGUAACAGCGUAAGCAAACAGGAACUGGACCUGGUUCUGGGUCUUCUGAUGGGUUUCUGUAUCAGCUGGCUCUUGCUGUGGCUGGAUGGAGCGCUUCAUUACGCCCUGAGGUUCUGGAGGUCCAACAGACACCACGGUGAAGAUGGUGAGCUGUGGCGCUCGUGGCGAUGGGUUUCUCGUGUGUGUAACCUACGAGAGCUGCGCAGACGUCUGCAAACCCGCAGGACAGAAGACUCUGGUAAUAAUGUGGUACACGUCAAACAGAAGCUCUACCACAACGGCCACCCGAGCCCUCGCAGACUCUGACAGACACACAAUCACAACACAACUACACAACGGUCCAUGAUAAACUGCAGUCUGUUGUGUGGAUCUCCUGCCUGCUGGAUUCUCUCUGAGGAUUCUGUGUUUCUGCUUGCUGUGUGUUUUUCACGAGUGUUCGUUUUGUAGGGGUACGACACAUCAUCGAGGGGGGUUUGCAUUUUUUAGAAGAAUAUUUGUGUACCGGGUAACAGUGUCUGUUUUAGAAACACGGCAUGCUGGGUAAUCUUUAGUAAAAACGGGUCAGGGGGACAAAGUAUUUUAAUGUUUAGUGAUGUAUGAGAGUGUGUGAUGUUUGUAAUUUGUGUUUGUGUUACAUUAAAGUGAUGGAACUCAAA